ACCGUCUUCUCUUGUUCCAGGCGGCUGCUGCGGCGAGACUCCACCCGACACCGGGGCACAGCUCCGAUAAGGAAGAGGACCGUCCGCCGCACACCAUGGUCAGCAAGGCGGUUGACAACCGCAACGGCCACGAGCUGGCGCCCCUGCGCUCGGGGGCCGGCGGGGCGGGCGGGGCCGGUGGCGGCGUGCUCGGCCCCCAGGCGCAGGUGGCGGUGCCGUCGGCGGCGCAGGCCGACCCCUCCGGGGUCACCAUCGUCGUGACGCACGCGCCGCCCCAGCACCGCGGCUCCAUCAUCAGCAGGGCCUCGGCCGGCCCCGAGCGCGCCGCCUGGUCCAACAAGAUGCAGUUCUUCCUCUCCAUCAUCGGCUACUCGGUGGGGCUGGGGAACAUCUGGCGCUUCCCCUACCUCUGCCAGCUUCACGGCGGCGGCGCCUUCCUGCUGCCCUUCGCCGUGAUGCUGAUCCUCGAAGGAAUACCCCUGUUCCUCAUCGAGUUGGGGAUCGGCCAGAAGAUGCGGCUCGGCUCGAUGGGCGUGUGGAACACGAUCCACCCCUGGCUGGGCGGCAUCGGCCUGGCGUCGUGCAUCGUCACCUUUUUCGUGGCACUGUACUAUAACGUCAUCAUCACAUGGGUGUUCUUCUACCUCUUUAACUCAGUCAGAAGCCCGCUGCCGUGGGCGGACUGCCCCCAGGUCAACGGCACGGCCGUGGCGGAGUGCCUGCGCUCCUCGGAGACGGCCUACUUCUGGUACCGCACCACCCUGGACGCGUCGCCCUCCAUGGAGGCGCCGGGCGGCCUCAAGUGGUGGAUCGUGCUCUGCCUCCUGCUGGCCUGGAUCGUGGUCUUCUUCAUCACAAUGAAGGGCAUCCAGUCAUCGGGGAAGGUCGUCUACUUCACGUCCAUGUUUCCGUACGUGGUGCUCACCAUCUUCCUCAUCCGGGGGCUCACCCUGCCCGGCGCGAGCGCAGGCCUCAUCCACCUGUACACGCCCAAGGUGGAAAAGCUGUUAAACCCGGACGUGUGGCGUGAGGCGGCCACCCAGGUCUUCUACUCGUUUGGUCUGGCCUUCGGCUCCCUCAUCGCGUUCGGCUCGUACAACCCGCCCAAGAACAACGUGGUGCGCGACGUGGUGCUCGUCUCGGUCUGCAACGCCUUCACCGCAAUCUACGCCUCGCUGGUCGUCUUCGCUAUCCUCGGCUUCAAAGCGCACCUCAACGUGGAGCGCUGCCUGGAGACGAGUAAGCCGCUCGCCGCCAGCUUAGGCCUGCUGCCGAACGCCAACGCCACGCACGAGGAGUACUACAGCAUGCUGCAGAGGACGGCCAACCACACAGCCAUGGGGCUCGGGGAGUGCUCCAUGACGCAGCAGCUGGACGAGGCGGCCGAGGGCACGGGACUGGCCUUCAUCGUGUUCGCGCAGGCCAUCGUCGAGCUGCCCGUCGCGCCCUUCUGGUCCGUCAUCUUCUUCCUGAUGCUGCUGGCCUUGGGAAUCGGCUCUCAGAUCGGCAUCCUCGAGGGGAUGCUCUGCACCAUCUUUGACAUUGACCUCCUCAAACGCAUUCGCAAGGAGUACAUCACUGCCGGAGUUUGCUUGGUUUGCUUUUUGGUUGGACUUUUGUUCGCAAGCGGUGCUGGAGAGUACUGGCUUCAACUCUUCGAUUCCUUUGCUGGCACAGUUGGACUGGUGAUCAUAGCCCUUCUGGAAAUGAUAGCUGUCAUUUAUGUGUAUGGCCAUGAAAGAUUUACUCAGGACAUUGAAGACAUGACAGGAUACAGACCUGGCUGGUAUUGGCAGAUAACAUGGCGUUUUUUGUCUCCCCUCAUCAUGACAGGAAUCCUAGUAUCAUCAAUUGGGUACAUGGUUAUCAAUACUCCAAAAUACAAAGCUUGGGAUGCAGAUACGGGCAAGGUUGUGGCAAGAGAAUACCCUCCAUGGGUACUAGUUAUCGCCAUCACAAUGAUACUUGUUGGAAUUCUUCCAAUACCAUUAGUUUUCCUACUGCGUCGAUUCCAAUGUCUCCGAUUUGACAUCAACAUAAGCCAGGGAGUGAUUCGCAGAAUAGAUACAACAGUUUCAACAAAGGAAAUGAUGGGAGAUCAGGAUGUGCCUAGAGGGCUAAAAAGACAUUUUUAUAUGGACGAUGAAUACCAUGACGAUUUUCCUGACUCUGAUGAUGAUGACGACGAUGACAUGCCUCCAAGCACCACCAACAACAGAAGAUUAGCACCCCUCCCCCUCAGUCCAAAGAAGAAAGCAUUCAAAAUGGAAGUUAUGGACUUCUGAAAAUAGACAAUUAAUUAAUUAGAGUAAAAGAAGAAAAAAAAGUAAUUUUUGCCAAAGAGUGAAUAUACAAGUUUAAAUGUGUUUGUUUCUACUUGUGGUUUUCUGUAUAAUAUUUUUCUCAACAUUGCAGGGCAUUAGUUUUAUAUUACGCACAAACAAUGUGCAGUAAGUCAAUACUUGUUGCUGUUAGAAAAAAAAAUUGAGUUGCCAAAAUUGUCAAGUAAAUAAACUCUUUUCUCUACAAGUAAAUUUAACAAAUAUAAAAUGUUACUAGAAGGAAAGAGAUUAUUGCUCAUUGUGUAGAAGGCAGCAAAACCACCCCUUUUUCAAAGUGACAUGGUAUUUGCUGCAAAAAGUCAUGUUAAUUUUCUUUCUUCUAGAAUUGUACAAGGUGAAAAGGCAGAAGUAUUUUUCACCAAAAUAUAGAAAGACUGGAUUGUAAUAGUCUUCUGAAUCACAUGAUAAAUCUGUGACGAGAGAUUGUUAAAAAUCAUUUGACAUGUAGGCUCUUACUUUUAGAUAUGUGGUAAAGUUGGAUCACAUUGAAGUAUUACAGCUUCUUUUCCAUAUCAACCACAACUUUAAAAUCUCACAUCAGGUGGCAUGUGGCAUGUGGAACUAAUUCCAAGGCCAAAGCACUUUGCUUUGAUGAAAUUCUUGCACUAAAUAUUGAAAAACAAAAUAGCGGUUAAAAAAUUAAGUUCCUCUUUCACUUUCUUUUUUUGCUGCAAAAGUUUUUGAAAAGUCACUUUGGUUCAUCUUGUAGUUAAGCUUUUACUUAGCUCAGGUUACAGAUAAUUUAUUUGUAGAUGUAAAUGAAUCUCACUUAUGAUUGUCUUUCUGGAAAAGAAAUAAAACAGUCAGAAGUUUCGGUUGUAGUAAACUGACUGUGAGUUAAACUAUAGUAUUUUGAACUAUUACCGUAUAAGUAUUGUGUGCACACCUUUCAUAGCCUCCUCUUGAUAUGUGAAAAGAAAUAUUCCAUCUCCAAAUGUAUUAGGAAAAUUCCCAAAGGAAAUAUUUUGUGAAUGAAUACCACUAUAUGCUCAAUUAGCUACCCAAGCAGAUAUCUUAAGUUUUGAGAACAUUGAUAAUCUCUCUGUAAAUUAUAAAGAAAAUAUGAAUUAACAUUCAACAAAGGUUUAGUCUAAGAGAAACCAUGCGUCUAUAUCUAUCAGGGAGCAUCUGCUCACUAUGACAGAUUGCAGAAACCAUACUACACCCUCAGAUGUAUAAAAUAAAAAUCAUGAGACAAAUUCCAGGUCUUUUGAUACAAGAUGAAAAACCUGCAGGGUAAAUUAGUUUUCUUGACUCUAAAUUUAAAGCGAGAAAUGCAGACUCCCUGGGUAGAGGAUCAACCCGAUGAGACUGUUUAAAUUUCAUGUGCUACCUCUAUGAUGGAUUUUGGAAUUUUAAAAGUUGAGCACAAUCUGUUUGCACAAGCUUAAAAACAAAACAAAAAGCAGCACACAACCGAGUUAACUGUAAUAUAAGCAUGACAAAACAAAAAUGUAAAAUAGUUCUAUAUAUUAUUGCCAAAUGCCACUUCAAAGUGUUGACACCUGGAGUUGCUGGUGAAUCAAUCAAUGCCCAGAUUGAUCUCUCAAUUCUAACAAGCUAAAUUUAGCACAAAAAUAGACUGUAAUUUAAAGCUUCAAUUAAUUUGAACUGUGUAGAAGCAAUGAAAAAGUACAUAAAACCCAAAUGGCUAGUGAUGAUAAGGAAUGAGCAAAACCUCAACAGGAACAAAUGUUUGAAAGUUGAUUAGUGUUUGGAAUUUCCUUCUAUUUAUUUUGUAAGUGAAUGAGAUGGUAUUUUCAACUAAGUAUUUUAGAAAAAGAGAGAUCUGCUCACAGGUGAUGUGCAAAAAAAUUAAUGACUUGUUAUCGGAUUGUGGUAUUCAUUUUGUAGAGAUAUGACAAUAAACUGUGAUACCGAUAAGUAGAUGUAAUGCAUCAUAUGCUGGUGUGGAUUGAGUUAGAUAGGUAAAUUCACAUAACAAGAAGAGAAGACAACAUGCGCUUCAAUUUGAAGUGCAGUCUGUGAAGUGAUCUAGAGAUUUCAGUACCCAAACUGUUAUCUCCCCCUCCCAGGGAGAGGCAUGGAGACAAAAUAUGUGUGAUUGUGUUGGCAAACAUAAAGUCUACGUAAUGCUAAACUUUAUAAAUCUGUGCCCUAAUAGUUGUGGAAAAGAAAGAUAAGUUUGGAGAAAAAGAAAUGAUUAGGGUGCAUAUGUUGUAUUGUUGUUACUGUUUUUCUAAAUGUGAUGAUUGUGCAUUUCAAAAACCAAAUGUUCUUCAUGCUUGAUUCUCUAGAUAAGUAGCAUGUUUGUUCCUUACUGUAUGAAUUAGAUUUGAUUGACUCAGUAUUAGGGGCGAGCUGAUGAUGUGAUUAGAUUAAAUAUUUUAUGUCUUUAAAA